AUGGACAUUCCUCGCUUGUCGUCUCCUCCCUCGAUUCGAGUAUACGACCCCAAUCCAGGCUUCGAACGGCGAUAUUCUCGAGCAUCCGCGCAAACCUCUCCAUCUUCAUUCUCCUCAAGAGGCUCAAUGCCAAUACCAAAUGCCCGGUCAGACCCUGCACCACCCCCGUUGCCUCCUCCUCCAUUUAUCGAAGAUCUGGCACGCGGGCACGACACUGGUUGGAAAUUUGCGAAUGAAGACCGGCAAGGCGCAUUUCGAAAUUCUACACUCGCACCUAUUAAGCAAGGGUCCAGCCUUCACGGAGGCUACAUGCAACCCAGGCUGAAUACGAAUCCCAAGUCAGACGACCAGCCUGAGCUUUUGCAGGCUGACGAGUUCGGUCGAAAGAGUAGCACAGUGUCAACAAUCCGUUGCAAUUCGCAGCCAGACAUACAGAUGGGCUGUGUGGGUGCGGCUGAGGAGGACCGCCAGAAACCUACCUCUCCUUCAUCUCUUGCCAAUCAAAGGUUGCAGGGUGAAAUGCCCUUGGCACAGCAGAGCUUUCAGCAAACCUCUAAGGCUUAUGACAAACACCUCCUAUCCAAGAUUGGAAAAAGGAACUCACCGCCUCGAUACUCUAGCCAGGCCUCAGGAGACGUCAUUACUUCGGGACUCUCGCGCCCGCCACAGGCCAAAGACGGCAGCAACUUGCAGCGCUUGUCAGUUUCCGAUGUUCCGGCGGCUUCGUUCGACCCAAUAUCCCGGUGGGUGUCCAGUCCUGCCUCGGCCGGUGUCUCUCCUGGAUCCAAACCUGGUUGGCGGGACUAUAUGGAUUAUCGUAGCCCAUCAGUCGAUAGCAGUGCGCCAUCAUCUGCGGUAGACUCAGAUUAUUACGCACGCCUCCGAGACUGCGGCCGAGGCUCCCUAGGCGGCCCACGCAUGGGAAACGAUGAUGCCUCUAGCCUACCAAGCCGCUCCAACAGGGGUAGCUAUGAUCAACAGGCUUGCCUCACAGAACCAGAAACCGAUUUCCCAAUGGAGGAGACUGGUGGUUUCCGGAAACUUAACUUGGGUGACCGGACUCCGCCACACAAUGCAUAUCGUCAACCAUUCUCUAAACAACAAGGUCUGAAGCGGCGGGCACUAUCACCUCCACCUGAAGUGGUACGGGACGACAAAGCACCCACAAAUAGUACGAAUCAACUAUCAGACAUGCACCAACGAUCAGGGACUGGCCACUCCUACCCUCGUUCGCCCAAUCUUCGCUUUCAUCCCAAUCACGGUUCUAUGUCAUCAACCUCGUCUGCAGGUCCCAGAAAUGGCUCAUACGCAUCAUCUGUAGGAUUAUCGGCUGCAGGUAGCAGUAUGACAAGCAUCUCAUCUAUUGAUAAACCGUCCCCAGGGGGUACUUCUCCAUUGUCCGAUCUGGAACCCACUCAGGAUUCUACUCAUGUGCAUCAAACUUCGCUAAAUCCUCCAUCUCUGAUCCCCCAUAUUGCUGCAUCUCGCUCUCAUCUUUCUCAGAACCCACCAGAAAGCCGAUCGGCUACUGUGGCCCGUGCAAUGUCUGCUCAAUCUGCCGCCACCGAGGGCAGGGCGGCCACUGCACCUCGCAUCGGUGGUGCGUACAUGUGCGAGUGCUGCCCGAAGAAGCCGAAGAAGUUUGAAAGUGAGGAGGAACUAAGGUACGUCAAAACACUCCGCUCCCGCACCAGCAUCAAUUUCCCCCCACCUCAAACUUCCCUGACCACCUGUCACAGGAUGCACAUGAUGGAAAAGCAAUACAAAUGUGCAUAUUGCACCAACCGAUUUAAGAACAAAAACGAAGCUGAACGACACCAAAAUUCCCUGCAUUUACGUCGUCAUUCUUGGUCCUGUGCAGCCAUAUCCGGAUAUGAAGCUGCCUUCCAUCCGUCAACCUCUCCUACCUCGCAGACAUCCAAAGGCCCAUCGGGCGAUGCCUGCGGUUACUGUGGCGAAGAAUUUUCCAAUUUCCCACGCGACUGGGAAGCUAGAUUUGAUCAUCUUACCAACGUGCACAAAUUCGGCGAGUGCAAUCAAACCAAAAAGUUCUUUCGAGCCGAUCACUUUCGUCAACAUCUCAAGCACAGUCAUGCUGGCACGAGUGGGAAAUGGACCAAUAUGCUCGAGAAUGCAUGCAUGAAAGACGAACCGCCUCCGGAUGCGGCAGCUGGCACGGUCAUGGAGGUUGGUGAGCCCAGCCAGCCCACGGUUCAAACUCCAACUGCAACGCCGACAACACCAUCGGUGACUGAAGGGUCGCAACAGGGAUCGUGA